GAUCCGGCCUUUUGGAAGUCCGUGGUGCAAGAGAUCGAUGAUGGCUGGAGGCUGGCCUACGUAGACUAUGGGCCGAGCAGCUUAUGCGACAACCCCGAGGUGAUGCUGGCAGCGGUGAAGCAGAACGUGGAGGUGCUCUCCUACGGCACAAAGAAGGUUAGAAGCGAGCCGGAGAUUGUGGAGGAGGCCGUUCGCAGAAGCUGGAAGGCGGUGGAAUAUGCAGCGAACGUCAAUGCUGCCUCCAUCGUGGAAGCUGUCAAGCAGGACUGGCGAGCCAUCUCUUUGUACAUGGACCAUUUCUAUCAGGGGCCGACAGACGACCUGUCCAAGCUGAUUGAGAGCAAUCCCCAGAUCGUUCGAGACGAAAGGCUGAAUGGGAAUGCUCCUGUGAUGUUGAAGGCUGUGCGGCAGGAAGGCUCCGUCCUCCGCUACGCCACGGAGGAGCUCCGAGAUGACGACGAGAUCGUCUUCCACGCUGUGGCGCAGACAUGGCGGGCCAUGGAGUUCGCCUCCCUGCGGCUGAAGGGCAACGAGGAUUUGGUGAACCUUGCCAUACGCCAAGAGGGCUUGGCCCUUCAGCACGCGGCACCCGCGAUCCGAGGCAACGCGCGCUUUGUGAUGAUGGCCAUGAAGCGCAACAUGGCCGCCUUCCGGUUCGCCGCGAAGUUCCUCCACGAGGACACGAAGUUCUGGGACGAGCUCGUUCGCAAAUUUCCCACAGCCUGGGUCCGUUGGAUGCGCUACGGCAGGGGCGAGCCCAGCCCCGGGUUCUGA